AUGCGCAUAAUUUUUAGUGGAAGAUGUAAAAAAUUAAUACUCUGCAAAGAUUAUUAUGUCACACCCACACCGUGCACGAACGUGUCGUUGUCUGGUACAUUUGAGCCAAAAGCGCGCACCAAACACGCUAAAAAUUGCACCCACGAGACAGAACAGAAGUCUAAUCGCACGAAUAAUAACAAUUCCACUGGAAGCGACUAUCAAAAUUGGGGAACGUGCGAAGGGAAGAUCGUGUAUCAACAUAACUUGCUUCUAGGUUUGAAGGGUCCCUCGAAUCUCGAUACGCUUUUUGAAGUAAUCAUUCAAGGUCCUAUUUGUAUCACUUGUGUGGAAGCGUUGCGAUAUAACGAAACUAGAGCGAUGGUGACAUUAGAUUCCGGCGGACGUGGUCACGAAUAUGUGAAAAUUAGGCUAAAAGGUUACGAGAAUGAAGGAUUUUCCUAUAUAAUAAAGGUUUGGGGUGUCAAAAAGAUUGAUCAGAAUUGCGAUAAUUAGUUGAGAUACGAAAAAUCCAUGAUAACAGGCUCAUCUCUCGUCAAAUAACACUCUACACCAAUCAUAUACGUACGAAACAAAUCUUUAAUAUAAAAAAUUAUAUAUUUUUUAUAAAAAAAAUAUGUAUAUUAAUAAGUUGUAUAUAAUGUCGGUAAGAUUUAAUCUUGUAGCCUUACUGUAUGAUAAUAAGCGAGUACAAAUAAAAAUCGAAGCACAAAUAAAAAGACCAAGCUAAAACAUGUACGUAAAAUACAUCACAAAAAAUUCGAAAUUUCUCUCUCUCUCUCUU